CAAACGAACCCUACACUCUUACGAACUACACAUCUCCAUCAUGGCUCAAGAUCCCCCCGCAAAUGUGAUCCAGCUCUGCAUCAAUGGCGAGCACAAGAAAUCCUUCAGCCACUUCACAAUAGCAUCCCUGGAGAGCUGCUGGCUCGAUUUGAUCCCAUCUACAUUGAAUACUACUACAAGAACAACGUGGGCCGUCUGCAUACCCACGAAGUUCCCAUCGAAGAGUUCCGAAAGAACCCAGCCCGAUACAUGAUCUCCUAUGGGCGUGAAUUCGGCCCAGAUGUCUAUUGCAUCUCAGAGCAAAAAUGCCCUGUGAAAGGAGGAGAGAUCACUAUCCGAAUCUUUGAGCCUGCACCGAAGAAGGAUACGCAAGGCCAGCUGAAGAAGAGAGCAGCCUAUGUGAACUUCCAUGGAGGUGGAUGGGUGUUUGGCGGUCUCAUGGUCGACCAUGACUUUUGCAAAAGGGUUGUUCAUAACCUUGAUGGAGAGGUUGUUGCAUUUGAUGUGGACUACCGGCUUGCACCUGAGCAUCGGUAUCCGAUUCCCGUGGAGGACUGCUGGGCUGCAUUCAACUGGAUUCGUUCCCAGAAAGCAGUGGAGUUUAAUCUUGAUCCAGACCGUUUCGCUGUGGGCGGUGCAUCUGCUGGAGGCCAUCUGGCCGCGGUCCUGGCUCAUCUCUGUCGCGAUGCAGGAAUUCCUCUUCGACUUCAGAUCUUGACUGUUCCCGUCUGUGAUAUGCACAGCACCUUUACCCCCGAGGGCGUGUUUGAUCGCAAGAACUGCCCGUAUGAUUCAUACCGGGAGAUGGAGUUCGCGCCUGUCCUUCCAGCUGCACGAAUGGCGUACUUUCACCGUCAUUUUCUUGGGAUGCCUCGACCAGCACCGUCGAAAGAUGACUGGAAGAUCUCGCCCAUGUUCGCACCGAAUUUCUCGAAUCUAGCUCCCGCACUGGUCUCGACGGCGGAACUGGAUCCGUUGCGUGACGAAGGCGAAUGUUAUGCCGCUAAGCUCAAGGCUGCCGGCAAUCGAGUAGAGGUCAACCGAUUCCUUGGAGCUCCACACACAUUUGCUGGACUGGACGGCAUCCUGGACACUGGGCGCGAAUACAAUUGCAGGGUGAUUGCGGCUCUGAAGGAGGAGCUUCUGGCAUAG